UAUAUUCAAGUUGGAGAUAGUACACACAAUUCACCACCAUACACUGACUGUCUCAUAGGACAAUCCAUCACCCCCUUCUCUGUCUUUCAUUUUAAUUUUCAUUGAAAUUUGAAAGCUCCAACUCAAAAAACAAAGACACCUCCAAAUCAAAUUAAAUAUGGCCUCUUCUCCCCUUGUUUUUCUCCUCCUUCCUUCUCUUACAACAACCCUUUUCAUCAUUUUCCUUCAAAUUCAAACAAGUGUUUCUUCUGUCUCAUCUUCAGCUCAAACCCUCCUCAUAUUGCCUUUAAAAGCCCAAACACUCCCACAUGGUUCUGUUUCAGUUCCAAAACCUUCUUCACGUAAAAUCUCUUUCCAGCAUAAUGUAACCUUAACAGUUUCACUAACCGUAGGCUCGCCCCCACAGAGUGUUACCAUGGUCCUCGACACAGGGAGUGAACUCUCAUGGCUUCACUGCAAAAAAUUCCCAAAUUUAAACUCCAUUUUCAACCCACUCCUCUCUUCCUCUUACACACCCACACCCUGCACCUCACCCGUUUGCAAGACCCGAACCCGGGACUUCUCCAUACCCGUUUCCUGCGACCCGAAAAAACUCUGCCACGCCACCGUCUCCUACGCCGACGCCUCCUCCAUCGAAGGCAACCUCGCCACCGAGACGUUCUUCAUCGGCGGGUCAGCACAACCCGGGACUAUAUUCGGGUGCAUGGAUUCCGGGUUCAGUUCUAACCCCAACGAGGACUCCAAGACAACCGGGUUAAUGGGCAUGAACCGCGGGUCGCUCUCGUUUGUGAACCAAAUGGGUAUACCCAAAUUCUCGUACUGCAUCUCCGGCUACCACUCCUCCGGCGUGUUGCUCCUCGGCGACGCCACUUUCUCGUGGCUUGGGCCGUUGAAGUACACGCCCCUCGUCAAAAUAUCCACCCCAUUGCCGUACUUCGACCGGGUCGCAUACACGGUCCGACUCGAGGGAAUCCGGGUCGGGCAGAAGGCUCUGCAGGUACCCAAAUCGGUUUUCUCGCCGGACCACACCGGGGCGGGUCAGACCAUGGUGGACUCGGGUACCCAGUUCACGUUUCUUCUCGGGUCGGUUUACACCGCUUUGAGGGAAGAGUUCGUUGCCCAGACGAAAGGAGUGCUGACCCUUUUUGACGACCCGAAUUUCGUGUUCCAGGGAUCCAUGGACUUGUGUUACCGGGUCGGGUCGGUUCUUCCGCCGCUACCGGCGGUGACGUUGGUGUUUGAAUGGGCGGAGAUGAGUGUGUCGGGGGAGAAACUCUUGUAUCGGGUGGAUGACGUGGCGAAGGGGAGAGAUCAGGUGUAUUGUUUCACGUUUGGAAACUCUGACUUGUUGGGAAUUGAAGCUUAUGUUAUUGGGCAUCAUCAUCAACAGAACGUGUGGAUGGAGUUUGAUUUGGUCAACUCUAGAGUUGGAUUUGCUUACACUAAGUGUGAACUUGCGAGUCAACGAUUAGGCAUGGGUCCUUAGACGUGGACUUAGUUCCAAAAUGGGUCCUUAGAUUUGGAUAUAUAUAUAGGGUUUUAUAAUUCUCGUGUCGAAGGAGAAUUGAAAUCUUAUGUUGUAAAGAUAAAAAGUAUGUGAGACCCAUGUGUUAGAAAAAAUUAUAUGUAGAACUCAUGUUAGCACGAAAAUCGAAGGGUGUGUAGAAAAAUUAUAAUUCUCAUGUUAAAUGAGAAUUAUAAAAUCCAUAUAUAUAUAUAUAUAUAUGUCCUUAGCUCUUACUAUAUAUAUAUAUAUGUCCUUAGCUCUUACUAACCUUGGAUCCGAUUUUU